AGUCAGCGGAUGUUUAAUUAAAGUGAAAUGGGUAAUGGAAACUCAAAGAAAGCUACAAAAGAAUUAAAAGAACAAUUAUCAGAGCAAGCUGAAGCAGCUGAACACUUUCAAAAACUAUUAUUGGAUGUUGAAAAGGAAUUAAAAGAGCAAAAACGAAAAGAUAAACUCGAGCCGGAACCAAAAGCCGCUAAAACACCAUGGAGAGAAAUGGAAGAAGCAUUUUCCUGGGGCAAAGAGUACGAAGAGGAGUUAAAAAAUGCUUUUGGCAUAUAUAAGACAGAAGAUGCAGUAAAAUACCCCCGUAUAUUGUUGUUGGGCCAGAUACAUGCCGGAAAGUCAUCUUUCAUUAAUUCAGUGGCCACCAUUGAUAAAGGAAGAAUUGCACGAGUUGCAAGGGCUGGUGAAGACGAUAAAAGUGAAACAACAAAGCUGAAAAUAUAUAGACCACAGCGAAUACUCAAUAAAUUCAGGAUUCUGGAUACAAUGGGUAUAGAAGAAGACGAAGGGUUCAACGUAGAAGACAUUGAAGACCUGAUUGCAGGAAGCCUAAAAUCAAAUUACAAGUUUAAUACAAGAAGUAGGGGUGACGAUGCUGACCGAAAGAAGAACGUGACACAGAAGAAAAGAGUUCACUGCGUUGUCGUCGUCGCUGAUGCUAAUAACUUUAAACAAGAAGUACCUGUCAGUGAAAAUAU